AGUUGGGACUAUAUUGCCAAAAUCGUCUCGCUCGGUGAUUCUGGCUGUGGAAAGUCCAGACGCUUCUCGCCUCACCACGAUGUGACCAUCGGAGUCGAAUUCGGCAGCCGUAUCGUACCUGUUGGUCCGCCCGCUUCGUUAGCCCUCAACGUGAAUAACCCUUCCGCCGACACGACUCUUAACGAAACAUCAUCAUCCAACACCGACUCGCAAAAUCAAAAGCACAUGAAGCUAUCACUAUGGGAUACUGCUGGUCAGGAGACAUACAAAUCAAUCACACGAUCCUACUUCAGAGGUGCUAGCGGUGCUUUACUGGUUUUUGACAUCACUCGUCGCGCAACCUUUGACGCCGUCACGGCCUGGUUGAAUGAUCUCCGCCAGAUAGCAGAGGAGAACAUUAUCGUAGUCCUCGUCGGCAACAAGAGCGAUCUCGCUCCUGCAACAACUGUUUCUGAAGGUAGCGCCUCCGAGAACAAACGUCAAGUCACACAAGAAGAGGCCGAGGCAUGGUGCAAAGAGAACAAAGUCAUGCAAUACGUCGAGACUUCGGCCAAGAGUGGUGAAAAUGUCGAGAGAGCCUUCCGUGAGGUUGCUGAGAGGAUAUACCAAAACAUCGAAGCCGGCAAAUACGACUUGAAUGACAGACGGUCCGGCGUCAAAGGUCCUGGUGCAUCUGCUGGUGGCAACACUGCGAGAACCAUCAAUUUGGGCAUGAACGAUGCUGCUUCCGUACAAAAACGCGGCAAACAGGGUGGAUGUUGUUAA